AUGUGUGUGUCAAGUGUGCAGAUGGAAUUCGAAAUGAGAUUCAUGAAAGCAAUCAAUCUGCUCGACGAAUAUAGCAGGGAGCGACAACGUCGAGACCAGAAAAGCUCACUGAAAGCUGUCGGAGGUCCAGUAAGAUUUAUCAACUCAGUCCCUUUGUUGAACCCGGUUGCUUUCGUACCAGCUGUUUCAAAUGGUCUCAAAAAAGAACGAUGCAGGCAUGCGUCCUUAGAGGAGUCACAAAAGAACUUCCAAAGAGUGCCUUCCGUCCUAGAAGCAGCGUUAUGUCGAACAAGUAUGCGACUUUCUAGGAGGAAAAAGGAAACUAUGUCAGCAUAAUUGCGAAGUAUGGGAAAUGGGAUCACUUGAAAUAUACCGUGAAUUUGUAUUUCUGUAUUCCUUUGUCAACCAUAGCUAAUUUUAUACAGCCGUAAUUAUCUAGAAUUUCUCAUGCAGAUGGAUUAUCGAUUACUAUUUACGAUCAAUUCCUACAUCGUUAUAUAAUCUUCUAAAACCG